CAUGGAGGGGUUGAAUUGGUCGAUUAGACCAAGAAUUGAAAUUUGGGGAAAAGGGGUCAGGUCUCCGUUUUCUUCAAUUUGUGAAAAAGAAACAACCGAUCGAACAAAGGGCUCAGAUAGCGUUCGAUCGGGAAAAGAAGCAGGGGGAGGAUCUCUGGAGUUUCGCUGGACCGAAGGAAGAAGAAGAACAAAGCAGCAAGCUGCUGUCGAUUGAAGGUAGGAAGUGGGUCGGUGGUGGUAAUCUAUCGCAAAUAGGGUGAAGUCGAAAUAACGCGACCUCCUUGUGGUUGCUCUCUUCGUCAGCAGUAGUAACCGAAAGGGUAAGGACGAAGCAGCGAGGCUGGUCUUCUUAUACUCCUGUUAGUGUGGUGCGAUGGAGAAGAAAUGUUGCCUCGUGGUGUCGUCGGAAAUGUCCACCUUCGGUGGAGGUUUUACCGACUGAAACUGACGGAGAAAGAGGGUGUGCCUCUAUUGCUCAACGGGAACAGCCAUCUACGAUGGUGUUUGGCUUGCUUCGAUCAACAGCAAAGGGGCUGCUGCCUCCUCAAUUUUAUAGAAAAAAAAAAUAACAUCUUGUGGGGUGUUGCUUGGCAGUUCACGAAGCAGAAAAACAAAACAGACAGGAGAGAUAGUUUGGCUGUUUGUUUUGGUUUGAUUAAAGAAAAUCAGAGGCGAAGGAUACAGGGGGAAAACAUGUUGUAGAGGUGUUAUUAAAUCAAGAGGUGCAAGAAGAAGAAGAAGAAGAAGAAGAAGAUAACUCAUAUACUGACAACAUGACAGAUAAUGAAAAAGGCGAUCAUGAAAAGCUUAUAAACAUUAUAAAAACCUUUCAAGAGAUUCUUAGUUACAGGAUUAACUUGCAGGGAGUUUGCUGUUAAGGAAACCCAAAAAGUAAAAUGAUCAGAGUUUCGUAAAUGUAGAUGAGGAAAAGAAGCGGGAAAAGACAAUUUAGGGCUGCUGGGAGAAUGACACGUGGACAGAUACUACUUAUUUAUUAGGAUAGGGGAUA